AUGGCGCGUAGGCAGCAUCUCGUCCUGGUGGUAAUACUGGCCAUUGUCGCCCUCCUCGGCAUCACUUACAUCCACUCUGCCAGCCUGGUGCCCCGGCCUGCAGACUUAUUCAAGCCCGACCGCAGCGAGGACGUUCCCUCGACGGCCGGCGGCGAAGAAGAGCCCCCGGCCUCGACCGGGUCAAAGUCCGGCACUGGAUUCGACCUAGGCGCCGUUCCGGAUCUCUCAAAGGGAGAUUCCAUAGCGCCGCCGUUGGAAAAUGCUACAAAAAAGUCCGUCUCCCCCGCCGCCCCUUGCCUAGCCGAACUCGGCCGCGCAACUUGGAAGUUCCUCCACACAAUGGUUGCGCGAUUCCCGGAAAAGCCCACCGACAGCGAACGCAAGACCCUCGAAAGCUUCUUCCACGUCUUCGGUCUCCUGUACCCCUGCGGCGACUGCGCCCGCCACUUCCGCGGGCUGCUGCAAAAGUACCCGCCGCAGACGAGCAGUCGCAACGCCGCCCAAGGGUGGUUGUGUGCUGUGCACAACCAUGUCAACAAGCGGCUCAAUACUGACGGGCAGCAUCCGCAGUUUGAUUGCACCAAAAUCGGAGACGCCUACGACUGCGGCUGCGGCGACGACAAGAAGGACACGGACGAGGGCGAAGAGGACGGCAAGAAGAGCAAGGUGACGAGGGCCGAGCGUGGUCAUGUCGCCGCGCCGUGGCCGUGGAAGCAGUGGACCAAGGCUAUCGAGGGAUUAUAG